AUGGGGCCCCUCCACGGGAAGCCUGGGGCCCCCGUAGGGAACUCUGAAAGACUCACCCCGAAAGGAUUAUCACCUCAGCGACCAGUUCCACUUCCCGGCACCUGCUGCGGGGGGUCUCAGGUGUGCCGCGGGGCGGCCCCGGCCGCCGUGGUGCUGACAGCCCAGGGGCCCUCCGUGGCUGCUUGGACGCGGCUGUGGCCUGUCCUCCGGCAGGCCCCGGCCGCCGCCCGGCCGCCCGCCCCCUGCGAGGGUGUGGCUGGCGGCCCGCGCCCUGGUGGCGCCCGGGCCUUGUGGGGUUUGGUCUUCUGCCGCCAACUGACGCUGCCCAGCCCCGGGUGUUGGCGUGAAGCUGCCCACAGCCCUGCCUGCGGGACCGCCACCCACGCUGACCCCCCCGGUCGGCUGCCGUUACUUGUGGCUGAGGUCAGCGGUGUGGAAUGGGGUGCCUGCGACGCCCCUCCGCCCAUGCAGUCCAUGAAGCCCAGGGACCCCCUGAAACCCACCUACCAGCCCCAGGAGCAGGUGGAGCUGGAGUGUCGCCCCGGCUACCGGCGCUCCAGCCCGGGCCCCUUCGUGCUGACCUGCGGCGCAGAUGGCACGUGGUCGACGCUCCCGGAGUCCUGCACUCGAAAGUCGUGUCCGCACCCCGGAGAGCCCCAGAAUGGCAGGAUCAUCAGGGGAGACCGGGGCUUCGAGUUCGGCGCCUCCAUCACCUUCGCCUGCAACGAGGGCUUCUUCUUAGUCGGAAGGAAGGAGCUGUACUGCGAGCUCUCCGGGAGCAGCUUGGAGUGGAGCGACAACUUCCCGCAGUGCGAGAAGGUGCGGUGUCAGCCGCCCGCCAAAAUAGCCAACGGGAAGUUCAGCAACAGCGGCAAGGACGAGUACGAGUUCCAGGAGACCGUGACCUACAGCUGCAACCCUUCCGGGGGGCCCGACCCCUUCUCGCUGGUGGGCCAGAGCCGGCUCGUGUGCUCCGGCCAGGACCAGUGGAGCAGCCCGCCCCCCGAGUGCCGAGGUGAGCCGGCCGCCGAGGGGGUACUGUGGUAG